AUGAUCUCGGAUCAUCUCCAAGCUUCUCCUGAUGAGCAAUACCGCGUCGAAUCCGACACAAACGACACAAAACAGCCUCCCACAAACGGAGGAGACCAGGAAACCCCAUCAUGCAUCAUAUGCCACCAUUUCGCCAACGGCGUGGAAACCAGCACGCCAACGGCAGACUUUAUUGUUUCUGCUGGCGAAUGUCAGGGAUGUUCAAUCAUCUUGCAGGCUCUUGAUGCCGUCACCGAUAUUCGACGGCCGGAAUUCACGACCAUCGAUAUUAGGCGCAAAGAGGCGGUUGACCAUUGGCACCUUUUUGACCCCCAGAAUGUCUUAAAUGUGGCCUGCAAGCAGGAGGGUGAAUCAUAUGGCGGUGGGGUGCUGUUUGGCCGGAAGUAUGUUGAUAACAGGCCGAAUGAUUACCAGAUCUACACUCCGGUUGAUGCUGGAGAAGACUCUGCUAUUCCAUGGCUCGGUAUACGCAAUAGUGAAAACGACAAGUACCGAGAGCUAUUAAGCAAUCUCGAAGAUCGUUUGAGUCAAGCGCGCAGCUGGUUCGAGCAAUGCAAGGCUGAUCAUUCGCUGUGUGCACCAGACAAGGGUGAAUGGCCACGUCGUGUCCUCGAUCUCGCAACUGAUCCUAUCCGCCUUGUGGAUAGCGCAUCGAUUGCAUCAGCCUCAGCACAACAGCAGGAAGGUUAUGCUUGUCUCAGUUACGCAUGGGGCACGACCGGCUCCCUCAAGACGCUGAAAAGUAAUCUCGAGACCCAUAUGCAAGGCAUCGAUAUUUCGACACUCCCUCGCACCCUCGCCGAUGCCAUCCACGUGUGCAAGGCUUUUGGCUUGCGAUACCUAUGGAUUGAUGCGCUAUGCAUAGUACAAGAUGAUAUACAAGACUGGACGGACCAAAUUCCACGCAUGAAGUCCAUCUACCCAGGAGCCGAGCUGGUCAUCUCGGCACAGAGUGCAUCCAGCGUCCAGGAAGGAUUUCUGUCCCUCAGCCCUGCCACGAAUGCACCCCUCAAACGUAUUGAGGUACCCUUUCACAUGCCAGACGGCACGUCUCGUACAGUUCAACUCUCCAUUCGCGAGCGAGAGGAACAAUACUGGAGCAACCCAGCACAUCAUUCGUCGCGCCCCAAUAUAGAAGAUGUCGACAUCGACGAACUUCUCACGCCCCUCGCUACCCGCGCAUGGGUGUUCCAAGAGAGCUUCCUAGCGCGCAGAAUACUAUAUGCUACACCAUCUGAACUAGCCUGGCAGUGUAGCCAGCACGAGAGAUGCGAGUGUCGGAAGGAGGCAAAUGAAAACGCCGUUCGAUAUAUCGGCGAAGACGACCAUUUUUUCAACGUGCGUACUCUUGGUCAACUACUCUGUGUAGAAGACUCCCGCGCGACCGACCAACCCAAUUUCAACCAUUCGAAACUAUGGGCCGAGAUUGUAAAGCGGUACUCGGAAAAAAGACUGACCAAAUGGACUGAUCGCUUAGCCGCAAUACAAGGCGUAGUGGGAGCGUUGCAGCAAGCCAUGCCUGACAAGUUCCCGGAGGAAGAUUACCUCUUCGGGCUCUGGAAAUUGCAGCUAGAAAAGUGGCUGUUGUGGCUUCGUCCCCAUCGGAAGCAACCUGGCGACUCAGAGGCAGUUGCUACACUGAGGAAGAUGGCGCCAUCUUGGUCCUGGACGACGACUAUUGGAAACAUCAUGUACUAUGAGUUUAUAUUUGAUCCGGAAGUUGUAACUUACACACGAGUCGUGAACUGGGAACACAAGAAGCCUGAUAGCUCUGAGACAGAGGUAUUCGGAGCGGGCAAGUGUGAGUUGACGCUCCUUGGUUUUUGCCUCCCGGUUCGGUUACCGUUUUCGGGUCACGAGGAUGAAAUGGAGUUGGGCUCGUAUAACCCUUUCCUCAUCCCCGAACGCUAUGCAUCCUCUGAUGCCAUCGGCCCCGCAGUCAUCGACAUGAUACCAGACGACCCGACGGACACAACCGUGUUGUCCCGCGUCACACAUUUCGCGCCUUUAGUAGGCAUCCCGCAAGUGUUCGGCGACAAUCCAAUGUUGCGUUGCCAGGGCUUGUUUCUGGAAAAAAUAGCUGGCCCAGAAGAUGAGGGAGGGCCGAGUACUUGGGAAGUUGAUGGUGUCACUCUCAAGGUCGAGGGUACGUUCAAGAGAGUGGGAUUUGGCUAUGAUGAUUGCAGAUAUAUGCAUCUUGGCUGGGAUGAUAUCGAGGACCAACAGAGCGAGCUUCGUGUAUUUAAGCUUAUUUGA